GUCACGGGAAUUAUUAAAUAAGGUUGAUACGGGCCGGGCCUAUGAAAGCCCAAUUGUACUAGUCACCCCAUCUCUCUAGUCAGUGACUCGGUGGUAGUGGUACAAAGUGUGGGUCCCACAAAUCCAGUCACUUUUUCCCGCCAUUUGUCACCCCCCCCUCUUUUUCCCCCCCACACCACACAGAAAAAAGCAGAGAAGAAAGCUCCUCUACUUCCCGCAACAGCAUCUGACGGCUCUCUUAUCCCCAUAUACCAACUACUCAACGCUCCACAUUUUGCCUUGUACUUCACGCGCACCCUCCCCGCUCCCCACACCUCACUCUCACAGUCACACUACCCUCUGUAUAAAACAAUUCAUUUCCCACUCUCUAUCAUCAGACUAUCCCCCCUCGUCAUUUUCUCCCUCUCUCUCUCUCUCUGCACUGCACUGCACUGCACUCCAUUCUGCCUUUGUUUCUAUGUCCACACACACAUAAAUCUGUAUUUAUAUCCCUUUCUUUCUUUCUCUCUAAUUUCCCUGCCACAGUUUCUCAAUUUUUACGUUUUUUGAGAAUCCCAUUCAUGAUUCUGCGGUUUCAAUGCAGUAAGGUUGGGAUUUUCCACCUCUGCCCAGAUGUAAAAUUCGUGCUAGACCAAAUGUGCAUCGAUGCGGCAACAAACCCAGCCUGCGCCUUUACCAUCGCAUGAUUCUCAUAAUCAGGUUGUCAUCUUUGUUUGCAACUCCCACAAGAAUCAAUUUCAUUAAACCGUGGAAUGAUUCAAGACCACAUGGUUCCUAACAUCAAUCGUCUUGACAGCUCAAGUGAAGCUGAUCUUGGAGCUUCCUUUUUAUCUCUUCUUCCGGGGCCAUCAGCACACUUGCCCUGUGAUCUGCAACAGUCAUUGCAUCUAAAGUCAGUCCCUAUCUCCCAUCAGGUUUCAGAAAAUCAUGGGACUGCCAAUGCCUUCCCUGAAGGAAGUAGAGUUUCAGUUCUUCCUGGUGCAUUGAGGCAGCACAACAUGGAAUCCCACAGUUUGAUAUCUAGAGAGAUCUUCUGUCCCUUUAUUUCAUCUAAAUCAAAUGCGAACUGUAGCAACAGUUCUGCUCUACUUCAUGCUCCAAAUUUAAAUUUUCAGAAAUCACAGGCAGCAGCAUCUCAAAACACUCGUGAGCAAGACAAAAUAAAGAGUGUUUCUUCCCUAAUUGGAAGCCAUAAUGCCGGUCCAAUAUAUGCUAACAGGUUGAAGCUCCAGGAGUAUGGUGAUAUAGCUGCUUUGCAGGAUAUUCCUGUAGAAAACAACUCUACUUCUUGUCAUCAUGGGCACAAUCCUUCUAGCAGUUUCCCCCGUGUUUUCUGUUCAGGCAUAAGUGGAAAUUUACUUCUCAGUGAUACCGGACUUCUUGGAGUUGUUUGCACAUGCCAUGGUCUGUAUAUGUCUAUCUCUAAAUUCUCAGAGCAUUCAGGUAAAACCGAUGUUAAUCCAGGGAAUGCAGUUCUUAUGGACAAUGGAGAGACUGUAGCUCACUGGUGGAAGAGCUUAUUUUCUCAGUCUGGGAUUAGGGUAUUGGAAGGUCAAAGAGGAUUGGAUUGGCCUGAAGGAAUUUCAGCAACUUCUGGCGUGACAAAUUGUCCUGUAUCCAAUCUGUCAAACAAUACCGUCCUGUUGAAUCAAGUUGGCCCUUUUAGGACUUCAGUGAGCUAUGAGCUGCAACAACACAGCAUAACAAAUGCAAAGGAAAACCGGAGUUGCAGGAGCGUUGUUGAUGAAUAUGCGUACCCUGGAAAAAACAGGAUUUCUCCGGAAUGCAACAAUUCUCUUUUAAAGUGCUUCUUUAAUAGUUCUGAUGGCCGGCAUCAUGCAGGUGAUCAAAAGAUAUGUGGACCGCGAAACUCAUCUAGCAUAAACACAGACAAAGCUUCUCAGUUCACUACAGUCAAACUUGAUCCAAUUUGUGAAAGUGCAAAUUCUUUGCAUGGCAUUCCUAAUAGUCAAGACUUAAAAAAGUCAUUUAAUGGCUUUAAUGUUGGUAGAAGUACUAGUUUGAUUGUCGAGGGGUCACGAGUUUCUCCCAAAAUUGAUUUGAGACGUGGGCGGCUGCCAAAGCAAAGUCAGACAUUGGAGACUAAAAUCCUAAAUGCCUAUGGAUCUAGUCUGAAUGGCAUGAAUGCAGAGCCUCCAAAAGUAAUUAGUUCAGACAGGCUUCCCUGGAAAACAGGUAAUGAAUUGCGAGGAAGUAAGUGGACUCUUGAUUAUGCAGAUAUUGGUUUUAGUCCUUCUGAAUUGAAGGGUUCCAGCAAUGUUGGAGGACCCUAUGUUGCAUUAUCUGAUUAUCAGAAAGAUUCAUACGACGGUAACUUGGAAAUGACAGACCACAAUCCUCUGUUGCUUUCAUGCUUCAUGAACCCCAGUGAAACGUGGCAAUUCAGAAAUACUUAUGGUAAUGGCAGUGAUAGUCAUGUCGGUGAGAAACUGCAUUAUCAAUCUCAUGCUUCCAAAAGUGAGAAAGUUUGUUUUCCUUGGAGUAGAGUGGGUUGUAGCAUUAAGAAUUUUGAUACGAAUGUGUCAAAUGCUCAGAAUCACAUGAGCAAGGGAAAAGAAGUGGAAUGGGCUGUGAGUAGCUUGCUUGGUACAGCCAAAUCAAGUACUGAAUCCUCCAAAAGACUUAAGGAAGAUAUGAAGACUUUUAAUGUAGUUGUGGAUGAGAGCUCCUCCAAUUACUCCCCUGCCUUUCAUGAGAAGAGCCCCAAAUUGCACCAGAUGUCUGCCAUGAUUGUGGAUGAGUCACUUGGUAGAGACACAUUACAUAACUGCAGGAAGAUUUCUUCGCACUCUGACGUUAGGCAAUUUAAUCAUGAUCAUGUCAAACCUAUCCAAAAUUCCAUUAAUUCUGAGGAUGCAUCAAUGGGGUACAAAACUUCAUUUUUUGUUCAAAGUGCAACUCCAACAUCGUUAACCAAAAAUUGUAAUGGAAUAAACUCAAGUUUGCAAGAUCAGAAUAUGGAAAUGUCUGCAGUGAGGAACAUGUUGGGAUUAUCUGACGGAGAUAAUGCCCCUGUUUCUGUUAGAAAAGUCCAAUAUUCUGGGAAACUCAGAAAACCAUGUGUACAGUCACUGUUGACUAUCACCCCAUCAAUGUCAAAUGAUCAUGUACAUCUACUUGAUUCUUCAAGGACGGCAAAAAUUCCUGAAGUUGGAGAGAAGUUGACAUUACCUGGUAGUACUUGUUGGACGGGCCAUAACAGUGAAACAUAUGGUACAAUGACAGGAAGGUCUUUCUACACUGAAGAUUGUGAUCUUCCUCCUGUGGAGCGGCUAUUCAUGAGACCUGGGGGAAUUGAAUGCAACCUUACUCACAGCAAGAAAGAGCAAUUCUCUCAAGGUUUACCAUAUGCCUGUGUACCUAAGAAUUGCAGCUGUACUGUUCAAGCCAAUUGUUUGACUGGGAAAUAUGACUUAAAUGGUCAUGCUUGUUGUACUUUGACAAAAAAGGGGGAUAGAGCUGGAGCGACCACAAGUUUAUUCAAUUCAAAUCUGAAUGACAGUUGUAUUUUCCAUGAGAGGGGGGUCAAAACUCUAGAGAAAACUCAAAAUUUUGUGGCCCCCGAAAUGAAAAGGGUUGAAUCUCAUUCUUUUCAAUGGAGAGAUGUGCCAGGAAAAAUAAUGGAGCAUUGGAGUUCAGCAAGUAAAAAACAGGAAGCUGGUUCAUUUAACACAUCUCUAGUAAGUCCUGCUGCUGAUGGUACGAAAUGCUUUACUGGAUUUGCUCAAAAUGUUGUCCCCUUGCAGGAGCAUGAAAUAUCUAAUAUCUCUUCUGGUUGUUCUGCUCCUGAUAUCACUCAGUUAUCCAUUGAGGUUAAUAAGAAAGAUUCUUGUACUGUUGAAGGCAGGGAUAUCAAAUGUGCAAAUAACCUUGGUCUGGAUGAAGGAUCAGGAAAUGAUAGAACUUGGUCAUCUGAUGAUGCACUUGAUAAUGAAAACUGUACUGAAUUCUUGGGCUCUCCUUCCACAAUCAACUUGAUCAAGAGUGGACCUUUGAAAGUAGUUCAAAGGAAACCAUCUCUUGGUCUCAUUGAAGAGAUAAGACUCCAAAAUUCAUUAAGGUCUGAAAAUGCAUCAAAUCAGAUUAAGAGAAGCUCCACCAUUCAGGCAGAGAGUGGUCCCAUACAAAAGUUUGAUGUAAAAUCCAAAAAGAGAAGGAAAACAGUUAAAUGGAUGAAGUUGGAUGCACCAAUUUGUGUAUCUGGGCAAUCCUCCUUUAAUUAUGAAUCUCCGAAAGGCACCGAGGAAAUUGGACAGAAUGCUCAUUCAUUCUGGAAUAUGCCGAUGCCAAUUGGAUGUGAUCAAGUCAGUUCUGGCAUUUUUUCGGACUCUGUUGAGCAAAGUUUCAAGCAGAGGAAGUCUGCGUCCCUUCCUGCCAAAGAGAUAUCCAUCAAAUGUGACUUGCAUAAAGUUUAUCAUCAAGCAGAGCAGCAGACUAUUGAAGCACAUAAAAGUUUCAGGAUUUGUGAUCCUUUAGAAACUACUGAUAUGUUCAGAAGGAAAAGGUUAAGAUCAGAUGACAGUAAAAAAAUUCGAGAAAUCUGUUGUAACAGUGCUGAAUUGACUGCAAAAUUGACAUCAUCAGGUUGCCCUUCCAAUUCCUUGGUUGAGACUAACUUCUGCAGAUGGAUGGCCAGACCUACAGUGUUUGGCAAGUAUGGAAUUAUUUCUAAUGGUAAUCCAUCAAAACCAACGAAAAUUAUUCCGCUGAGGAAAAUUUUCAAGAUUGCAGCAUCUCAUGCAGGUAAAAGCACCGAGAGUGCCACAUCCAUUUAUCACCAUGAUAAACUGAAGUCCGCGCCAGUAAAAGUGAAAAAGAUGAGUGUUAGGCAUGCCAAGGAAAUGUCUUUAAGUCAGAAAGUUCUAAGGGGUCAAAUCAGAAAAGGUGGAGCUAACGUUUUGCUACCUAUGGAACUUGAACCUUGUCAUCUGAAUGCUGAAAUAGAGACAGCAUCCUGCUUUGCAACUAAUGGAAAUGAUGAUCUGUCAAAUACUUCAAACAAAAGCAACUCUUAUGGCAUUACAGAUGGCAUACCUGGGUAUAAUCUGAAACGCAAGUUCAAGGAAAGUCGAAAGCGCAGCCUCAGUGAACUUUUAGUCAAAGGGAAUGGUUUUAAAGACGUGAACUCUUCUGUUAUGAAGAAUUCUACAUCUGUAUGCCAAACAACGGGCAAAUGUUUGGGGGAGUUGAUGGAGGAUGAUACACGUGAUACAGUUCAAACAAAUGAAAUGCAUAAUUGUACGAGAUACUCAGAGAAGCACCAACCUAGAAGUUCAAACAUGUUUUCUUCUGUUUGUGGGAAUUCAGACAGAGAUGAAUCUGAUCAGUUAUUAGAGUGCAACGGGUUCUUAAUUAAGGGGCUGGGGAUUAAGGCUGAAGCUGCUAAUAAUGAGGAUAUAAGCUUAAACAGAAGAUGCAUGCUCCAUGCAUCAUCCAGCAUGUUUAUUCCUGACAGUGAGGGGGAAAGCCUUCCACUUGGAGAGAUAGGCGCCUGUGCUCGAACUGAGGGUUACAAGGGUCGAAAAAGAGAAGGCUUUUUGCACAAUCAUCCUCAAGAUGCAAAAGGAAAUGCUGGUUGCCUUGUUCCACAAGAACAGCUUAAUGUUUGGCUGCACAUUCAUCGGCAAAAGCCACAGAGGAAAGGGUAUCCGAAGCUCUCAAAUUCUAGUGUCGGAUCUGAUUGUCGGAAAGCAUACGCUCGCUAUAAGCAGGCAAAAGGUUGGAAAAAUUUGGUGGUAUAUAAAUCAGGCAUCCAUGCUCUGGGUCUCUACACAUCAGAGUUCAUCUCUCGUGGGGCAAUGGUUGUUGAAUAUGUAGGCGAGAUAGUGGGGCUCCGAGUCGCAGACAGAAGAGAGAGCGAAUAUCACUCAGGGAAAAAGUUGCAGCAUAAGAGUGCAUGUUAUUUCUUCAGGAUAGAUAAAGAACACAUAAUUGAUGCCACUCGCAAGGGUGGGAUUGCCCGAUUUGUGAACCAUUCGUGCCAGCCAAACUGUGUCGCCAAAGUUAUAUCUGUGAGGAAUGAAAAGAAGGUGGUCUUUUUUGCUGAAAGAGACAUAUACCCUGGAGAGGAAAUAACCUACGAUUAUCAUUUCAACCAUGAAGAUGAAGGUGAGAGAAUUCCUUGCUACUGUAAUUCAAAGAAUUGCAGGCGUUAUCUGAACUGAGAGCCCCUGCCAUAUUGUUUUGUGGAGGAAGAACUCCUCAACAACCAUCUCACAUUGACCCGUAAUUUUGUGUCAUAAACUGGAUAAAAUUAUUUCAGCUAUAUAAAACAUAUCUAUAUCUACAUUUGACCUAUAUAAGAUAAGCGUGAAUCACAGGUGUUUGUUCUUAUUGUCAAAAGAUAUA